CUGAUUUCUUUGGAUUUCUACCUGAUUCUGUGACGGUGAGAAAUAAGGAAAAUGCCUGAAGAGAAAGCAUUUCAGCAGAAGGCAGUACCUGGUUCCCUGGAGCAGUCUAAGGGCCAGACGCACAGUGGCCCCAUCCCAUGUCAGAACUGUGGUAAAGCCUGCAAAGGUGAAGUGCUGCGCGUGCAGAACAAACACUUUCACAUCAAGUGCUUCGUCUGCAAAGUGUGUGGCUGUGACCUGGCACAGGGAGGCUUUUUUGUGCGCCAAGGAGACUAUAUCUGCACUCUGGACUACCAGCGUCUAUAUGGCACCCAUUGUUUUAGCUGUGAGCAGUUCAUCGAAGGAGAGGUGGUGUCUGCCCUGGGCAAGACCUAUCACCCACGCUGCUUUGUAUGCGCUGUCUGCAAACAGCCUUUUCCUGCUGGCGACCGUGUGACGUUUAAUGGGAAAGAGUGCGUCUGUCAGAAAUGCACCCAACCCCUCCCUGCCAACAGCUCAGCACCCUCUCAGGCUGUCCACAAUUGCUGUGGCUGUGGUAAGGAUUUUAAGAAUGAGCAGUCACUGGUGGCACUGGACAAGCACUGGCAUCUGGGCUGCUUUAAGUGCAAAGUGUGCAAUAAAGUGCUCAAUGCGGAGUACAUCAGCAAGGAUGGAAUUCCAUACUGUGAGAUGGACUACCACGCCAUGUAUGGUUUACAGUGUGAGAACUGUAAGAAGUACAUCACAGGAAAAGUGCUGGAGGCUGGAGAAAAGCACUACCAUCCGACAUGCGCCAGGUGUGUGCGCUGUGAUCAGAUGUUUGGAGAAGGAGAGGAGAUGUACCUUCAAGGUUCUUCCAUCUGGCACCCUGCUUGCAGACAGGCAGCCCGUAUAGAGGAGAAGAGUAAGGUGACCAGGGCAUCUGCUGAGAGCAUCACCUCGGCUCCUGCCUCCAGUGCCUCAGGAUCUCCUAGCAGAGUUAUCUAUGCAAAACUGGGUGAUGAGUUCCUGGAUUAUAAGGACCUUGCAGCUAUUCCUAAAAUAAAGGCCAUCUAUAACAUUGACAGACCUGACAUGCUCUCAUACUCUCCCUAUGUCAGCUAUCCUACAGAGGAGAGAGCCUAUGGAGAGUCUCCCCAGUUGCACACUCCGACUCCAACAGAGGGAGACGGAGAGAAAUCACCCCGUCAGAGAAGACCCUCCAGUCCCAGUUCCAACAGCUCUUUGGGAGGUUAUGGGCGCUACACCCCAUCUCGCUCCCCCCAAACCUACAGCAGACCAGAACAAUAUCUGAGCAGUAGAUACAGCCCACAACCUGGGAAUUCCAACUCGCUACCUGUGUAUGCUGCUAGUAGAUAUGGUGCCCAUGGUAGUCCCAGAGACUCCUCUUCACUGCCUCUGUACUACAGUGGUGGUAGAACCACACCUCUGACCCUGAACCCCACCACUCUGUCCCUGCUCCAACAGCACAACUACAUCCCAUACUUCAGAGGUAGUGAAAGUGGACGCAGCACCCCCAGCCUCUCUACCUACUCCGAUGGCAAAUCUCCUUCAUCUACAUUUGUGGCUGCACCCAAACAUUUCCACAUACCAGAUACUAAAGCCAAAGAUAAUAUCUAUAGAAAACCCCCUAUCUACAAACAGCAUGCUUCCAGAACAUCCUGGCAAGAUGGAGAGGAUGUGGAUAGAAAAACCAGAACUAGUUGGACUCUUCUGAAGAGUGAGAGUGAUGGACAGUCUCCAGACAUUGAUCCUAGGACUUCCACUCACAGCCUGCCUACAGACAUGUUUCAGCCCAAUUUUCCCUACAAUAAAUCUGCUUCUCUUCCUGGUUAUGGUCAGAAUGGCAUCUACAAGGCAGCUGACCUUGCAGAGGAUGAUCAUGAUUCCAGCUGGGGAACAAUGAGAGAAUACAAGACAUACCCAUAUGAGAUGCUUGCUGUGACUCACAGAGUUCGAGUAAAGCUGCCUCGGGAUGUGGACCGCACCAGGCUGGAGAGGCACCUGUCACCGGAGGAGUUCUUUCAGGUAUUCAGAAUGACCAUCGAGCAGUUUGACCGCUUGGCUUUGUGGAAGCGAAAUGAUCUGAAGAAAAAAGCCCGCUUGUUCUAACUAGCCUGUGAACUGUGGCCGCAUAAAGGAAGAGUAGAUACAAGGAAGCUCACUUUAUCUACUACAUAUAUGCAGAGAAGAGAGAAAAAGUGGAACCUAUAUGCACUUCAAAUCUGCUGCAUACCUGCUCCCAUCCCAUCACAUGCUGAAGAUCAGGAGUGUGUUACAUACAGUGUCAUUAUGCAGCUUCAGUGUUAGCCAUUUCGCUUUUGUGCAAAUGCCACUUUGAAUGUUCUGCUAAUGUUUGACAGGGAAGAAAACAGUGUAGACGGCGUACGUCUCUCCUGUCCAUCAUGCUCUCUGUUUCUUCUUGCUCACAACUGUGAUUUCUGUGUGAGAGAAACCAGCUUGGGAUCUGCAUAUAAGCUACUACCUGUAUGGUUUUAUGCCUGAGAACCAUGCCUGUCCCUCCACAUCUGAAAGUGUCUCUGAUUCUUUCUUCACCUAGCUGUGUGCAUUUUCUUUUUCUACUCUUCCAUACAGUGCUGUGAGAAAAGCGUUUGCCCUUUCCCAAUGUAUUUAUUUUUGCAUUUGUCACACAUUUAUGUUUCAGAUCAUUGAAAUACUUUUAUUAUUAGACAAAGAUAUUAGAUGCAAAUAUAAAACAAAGAUAAACUAAGUAAACAUGAGAUUUUUUUUAUUUUUUUUAUAAUAAUGUCAUUUAUUGUGUGAAAAUGCAGCUCAGCCCUACCUGACCCUUGUGAAAAAGUAACCCCCCCCCCCCCCCCCUUAGCUACAAAAUUAACCAGUUAACUAAUUCUAAUUUAAACUGGGUUCACUUUGACUAGCCACACCCGGGUAUGAUUACUGCCAGAUCUGUUGGAACAGAUGAUUCCACAGCAGAUGAUUCCACAUUCUAAAGAGAUUCAAAUAAAGAUAUGAAACAAAGCCAUUUAAAUCUACCAGUCUGGACAGGUUACAAAGCCAUUGCUAAGGGUUUGGAGCACCAGUAAAUCUGUGAACAUCCUGAGGGAAAAUGUCUGCCUCUCAGUUUUUGACCUAAAGAUUAAGUGAAGUUGUGUUAUGCAGCAGGACAAAUAUCCAAAGCACAUGAUCAAGUCUAACUGAAUGCUCAAAAGAAACAAAAUUAAGGUUUUGGAAUGAUCAAGUCAAAGACCUGAGAUACUGUGGCAGGACCGAAAACGGACAGUUCAUGCUCCAAAACCCUCCAGUGUAGCCAAAUUAAAACUAUUCUGCAUAGAAGAGCAAGCCAAAAGCAAUGCAAAAGACACAUGGAUCAUUAGCGCAACUGCUUGAUUGCAUUUGUUGCCAAGUGGAGUGCCAAGGGUGGCACUACCAGUUAUUAGGUUUAGGGGGCAGUUACAUUUUAACAUAGGUGAUACAUUUUGAAUACAUCUUUAUCUUUAAUGAAUGGUAUGAUCAUUUAAAAGCUGCAUUUUAGCGCCCAGGUGGCGCAGCGGGAUAUUCCGCUAGCACACCAGCGCCGAGAUUCUGAACUCCUCGGUUCGAAACUCGGCAUUGGCUGGGCACCAUCUGGCGGGCACAAUUGGCAGUGCCUGCAGCAGAUACUAACUACCGUAUCUGCAGGGUGGGGGCCGGACUAUAGCUGCGUCCGAAAUCGCAUACUUACAGAGUACGUACUAGAUUAGAGGAAGUACGCACCGCUCGGCCGGUAAAGAAGUACGCGCUUUCAGUACAGAAGUAUGCAGUAUGCACACAACACCCCUACGUACUACUUCCCCAAUCUUACCAACGUCAAGUGAGGACGUGAUGACGUAAUAUCACCAUAGUUACAGACCGCGUGCUCAUUACAAGCCCCACUCGGCAAAAUUUUGGAUAUUUAACAUUAUUUAGGGUUGUACGCAAUAAUAAAAUUUUUAUUUUGUUUAUCUUACACUUAAACAGAGGACUCUCAGUUUUCCGCCAUCUUUCUUGUUUCUUCUUCCGCUUCGAACUCCUACGCAGCUCCAGUUGAAUUAUGGGAUACAUUAGCGGACCGAAAGUGUGCAUCGUUCGUAAUCUCAAACAUGGCUGCCCAAGAAGUACGUCAUCCGGGUACUUCUCGCGUACCUUUUUAUGUAUACUAUGUAUUCGGACAUACUAACCGCUCUCGCGAACUGCCUUCGCGUACGAUUGAGUAUGGAAGUAUGCGAUUUCGGACACAGCUUAUGUGUGAGGUGGGAUCUUCAUACGCUGUGUAAGGACCCUGAUCGGCGGAAGAGACGCCUGUGCAGAAUGCAGGGGCGAGAAGAGGAGGGCUGUGCACGUGUCGGAAGAGGCGUGUACAGCGACGUGCUCCCUUCGGAUGCAAUCAAGUAUCCCUCUGCAGCGGAGGACAAAUUGAGUGCGCUAAAUCCGGAGGAAAAAUGGGGAGAAAAUGCAUUUAAAAAGUUGAAUUUUGUGUUAGUGUUGUUAUUAUCUUAAAUUCAAAUUAAAAGAUCUGAAAUAUUAACAAAAACAGAAAAAAUCAAGUGGGGGCAAAUACUUUUUCACAGCACUGUAUGUGUUCCUUAUUUUUGUUUUUCUCCUCUCCAUUACUGCCAUCAUGUCUCUCGUCUGUAUUCUGACUCUGAGUUAUAGCUUAAAGUGCAAUAUUUAUCAUA